AUGCGGCGGACUCUUCGGCAGUUUUCGCUCACCAUGACACAGGUAGUCAAGAGAAGUGAUGCGGAAACCGAGUCCUCGUUGGGCGCAUACGAGCGCGAGCGACUCGCGCGGAUGGAACGGAAUCGUAUGCUCAUGGAAAAGCUGGGUGUCACCUCACUUUCGAACCGGCUCGAGACGAUCACGACUGUUCGGGAGCAAGCCCUCAAACCCAUAGGUUACUCGAAACGCACGCCAAAGGCGGAGAAAAGGGCGCGCAAUUCUGAAAACGAAGUAGACCGUGGAGAGCUGGAGCCACGGCGUCGUUCGCUUCGUGUGCGGGGAAUCGCCCCGGCCGGAGCUGGAACAUCAGCAGAGGAACCGAAAAAUAGCCAGCUACAGCUGAAGGAAGAGGAAACAUCAAGAGGUCCGUUUUUGGAAGACCAGACGUUCGCAGAGGUUGCCCUAGAAAACUAUGGUGCCACUAGCGAAAGCUCCAUGGUCAACGACGACUACGACCGCAGCGACGUAGACGACGUCGAUGGUAACAAAGACGACGGAGACCAGAAGAGCUUGUGUACGCGGCGCGCCAGGUUGUUCCAGCGAGCCUGGUGCGGUGCAAUGGCAUGCACUUCCUUGUCGACAAGUGAGCAUCUCGCGAAGGAUCCAAGCCGUUUUCACCGCUGGGUGCUGGACGAGGCCUCGGGCUUCUUCAAGCUUGUUCCAGCACGUAUUUAUUCCGCAACCAUGCAUCCGCGUCUCGAUGCAUGGACCAUGAUGGUUGGCGACAAGGCAGGUCAUGUGGGCCUUGCUGUUGUACCACGGGAACGCGUCGCAGAACAUGCUGUUCAGGUGCUGUGUAUGCGAGUUCACCGCGACACAACCGCUGGCAUGGCACCACGUGCGGGUUCCGCCAACUCCCAACAGCUGCUAACAGUGUCCUACGACGGCAGUGCGCGCUUGCUAGAUAUCGAAAAACAAACAAUUCAGACAGUCCUCGUCGAUGAGCGAGAACGAAUUUUCAAGAGCAUAGCGCUCAGUACAGAGAACGACAACGUCUUUUGGACCACUGCCAGCCAUCGCUCACUUGGUGGAUUCCUGGUUCGCCACGACCUUCGACAGAGCCAGAAAUCGUUCGAUGCUUUCGGUAUCUCUGACAGCAGAGUCUACUCUGUUAGUUUACAGCAUCAGGGCGCUGCAGGAGCAGUCCCCGGCCAUGACGGUCUGCUGGCGGUCACGACGGCGCGAGAUGGUGUUCUCAUUUUUGAUCAGCGUCGAAUCGAGACUGGCGCUACUCGCCGAUCAACAUCAAAACCGCUUUUUGCUCUACCACACGAGCGCGCAACAACUGCAGCAACUUGGUCUCCGUCGGCGACGCGGCUGCUGACCACCUGCUACGAUGACUUGCUACGCAUAUGGCAUUACGACGGCAGCGAGUGCUCGCUCGAACACCGCUUUGUACACAACAAUCACACCGGUCGAUGGGUUACGCCUUUUGAGGCAUGCUGGGACCCAGCUACGGACCACAAGAUUUUUGCGUGUGGAUCCAUGAAUCAUAACCCGGUCCAUGGCGUGGACCUCUUCCACGUGGAGCUCAACAAACGAUCAGUCUGGAAUCGGUUGACUGGCGAGCCCAUGACGGCGAUUGCGGCUGUCCUGGCCUGGCACCCGGCAGGGCAUGCGCUCAUAGGCGGGACUGCAUCAGGCAGGGUAUAUCUAUGGGGCGAAGCUCACGGAUCUGAGGGCGUCCUCGCAGCGUGA